GCAAUUGUAAACUUGUAGUUCCAGCAUCAACAUAUAUAUCUUGCAAUUGUCAUAACUCACCCUCUCACUAAGAAGCUUAGAAAUUAGAUUCUCUAAAAAUGUCCCAACUUUCUCUCUUUCUUUCAUUCUCUUUAUGUUCUUUCAUCUUCUUCAUCCAAUCUAUAUCAGCCACUACUCCCCUCAUCUAUGGCGGAUGCUCGCAAACUCGCUACACACCGGGUACACCCUACGAGUUGAAUGUCAACUCACUAUUCACUUCUAUAGUCAACUCAGCAUCUGCCUCCAACUUCAACAACUUCAGUAUCUCCCCUUCGGGAUAUGCACAAAGCAACAACGUUGUUUACGGUCUUUUCCAAUGCGAAGGCGACCUUAGCAACUCCGAUUGUAAAGCUUGUGUGGCUAGCUCAGUGAGUCAACUCAGGGCAAUAUGUCCUCAAGCAAUUGGUGGGAUCAUACAAUUAGAAGGAUGUUUUGUGAAGUAUGAUAAUACAUCAUUUUUUGGUGUUGAGGAUGUUACCGUGGUGUCAAAGAGGUGUGGCCCUUCGAUUGGGUAUAAUUCGGAUUCUUUGAACCGUCGAGAUGCUGCAUUGGCAUAUCUAACGGCUUCAAAUGGACAAUAUUUUCGCGGUGGGGGGUCCGGGAGUGUGCAAGGUGUGGCACAAUGCGUACAAGAUCUAAGCGUCAGCGAGUGUCAAGAUUGUCUUACCGAGGCGAGUGGAAGGUUGAGAUCAGAGUGUGAGACAUCAAGUUGGGGCGAUAUGUUUCUAGGAAAAUGUUACAUCAGAUAUGUUGAUCGUGAUCACCACUCUAGAACUAAUGCAGCUGGUGAUGAGGAUGUGGAUAAAACAUUGGCACUCACCAUUGGAGUCAUAACAGGAGUUAUUCUGCUAAUUGUUUUCCUAUCUUCCUUAGGCAAGAUGUGUGACAAAAAAGGUGGUAAAUAAUCAGGAGGCUGCAUAUGUAAACAUCUACAAUCAAGAUUGCAAUCUCUGAGCAUAUAUCCACCAUCCUUUUUUGUGAAAGAUUCUUUAAGUUCAUAAAUGAAGCAAGUGGAAGCUCCUAGCUAAGGGUAGAGGGAUUCCCCCAAAACUCCAACUUUUGUACUUUAAUUUAUCACAUCACUUUCUAACUAUUUUGUGUGGAUCAGAAUGUAAUUUCACCUUUUAUGUGAAUAUUAAUUGCAUGUGGAAUAGUUGCUACAUGUGUGUUGUUGCAUUCUCAA